AUGGCUCCUCGUCGUGCGGCUAGUCGGGCCCGUACAGCCGAAAGACCUGUACGAGUAGGGCGCAUAACGAGAUCGAAAAAAGACGAGCAAGUCAAAGUUUCAGUUUCUCUUGACCGAUUGGAAGAUGCUGUCAGCGCCAACUUGCUUCAGCCAAUUCAUGGUGUUCCUCCUGCAUGGUCAGAGGGUCGCCAACAGCUUUGCGAUGCAAUCCCGUGGUUUCGCUGCACACAAGGUGCCAUGUACCACAGCGAAGGAUUUUGUUACGGGUUUCUGAUUGAUGCGGACUGCGGAUCCCGUACCUAUAUUGAUGAUGAGAUCAUUAUCACAAGGAUAGGUGGAUGCUGCACCAAGGACUCGGAAGGAAACCUUACACUUGAAAAAAAUCAAGAGCCGGACAGUGCUAUUGUGCAAAGUAUCAUCGGUAGCAUGAGUUCAAAGCUUGCUGUUGGCCUUGUCAUUGGUAGAUUAUCAAAUGCUACCACUACGAGUACUGUUCUGCCGCUGAUUAUCAUCAUAGGAAGCAAAAACAAGAUUCUCAACCGAGAGCUUCCCCAUCGGUAUAAUGUCAUGGACUGGUUCCGUGUUACCAAUGUCUGGUUUGAGAAAAUAGGUCAAAAAUAUGGCGCCAAGGUCCGAUUUGAAAAGUUGAGUCUCUGUGAGAAGAGCUGGUGGGCAUUGAAAGACUCUCCUGCUCCCACAUCUCUUGCCGUGCGAGAUUUCGAAACAACUCCGGCGUCUUUUGAGUGCAAAAACUGUUCCAAGGAAAGUGAUCUGCUGUACAACGAGGGAUGGAUGUGUUUGAAUCCUGAGUGUGUCGAUUUCUGGAAGAUCGAUAACGUUCCUCCUCCUGUUGAGCUCACUUUCACUCCUGAAUUCUUGUUUUUUCGCCAUCGACCAGAUCCCGCAGUGCAGCCUCAUUACAGUCUCGUACCAGAUCUCCUGUCCACACUAGAUGAGAAUGCAUCGGACAUCAGUACUUCUCGCAUUGCAUGGAAGGGAAUUGUAUGUCCCGAAUGUUUCAAAUGCAUCCGCCGAACUUUCUGGCGGGGCUGGAAAUGUGAUGAUGAUCUCACCAAUUCUCAGGAAUGUGACAAAAAAUGCUCUUUCCAAAAAUUCAUGAACAUGAGCCCGGUCUCGCUUCGAGUCGUCCUCGAUCAUUUUGAGCUGGCUCCAAUCAAACGGGCAAUUCUUUUCGACAAAAGAUUCAGCCUUCCAACCAUUGAUGACAGUUCCAUCUUUCCGUAUCGCAAACUUACUUACAAAAUCGAGGGUGUCGGCUCUAUCACUCACUAUGUUUCCAACAGAGCUAUCAACAGCCGGAAGAAUGGGCCAGAUGAUCUUUUUGUCAAUCUUCAACGUGGUGAUAUAGGAUUGAAGCGUUUCCAGCUUCAGUCAAGCUUAGUUGCUGGUACACUGACGUCUCAUUUUGCAGUUAACUAUGGAAUGCCCUACAAAUACGUCGUGUCUGUUGACUCCAAGGGCUUCGAUGAAGCACCGGAGGACAUGCUGCGAGCUCUAGGUCGCUUGUCCUGGGCAACAGAGAACGCUGUCACUUCUGCAGGAGAUAACUACCUACCUCCGAAUGAGUUAUUAACACUCGGUUAUUUUGAAGAGAUGAAGAUAGGAUUUCAUGACGACGGAGAAUCUUCAUUGGGUCCAAGCAUUGCCACCCUCUCACUCGGGGCGAAGGCAACCAUGUUGAUUCGCAUGAAGUACAAAUACUUCAAUGGAUCUACUCGAAAAGCCGAUUCAAAAUCAGUUGGGGCCCUUUUGCAAGAUGAUCCUGUUCUGAAAGACUGCAUGUUUGAAAAUGAGCGAAAGGCCCUCAAACAAGACCUCCACGAUGGGGAAAUCUCACAAGAUGAGUACGAUAGUUCUCGUCGCGCUCUCUCAAAAGGACGCAAGGGUAAAGAAGCACCAACCACAAUCAAGAUGGAGCUUCACCAUGGGGAUCUAGUCGUCAUGCAUGGAGAAAAGCUUCAAAAAUAUUACGAGCAUUCUGUGGCACCCGAGAACAAGCUGCGAUUUGCUCUCACAGCAAGAUAUGUCAAGCCCGAACAUGUCGAUCCUCGAGAGUACAUCAAAGGCGAAUUUUCUUUGACCCCUGAGCAGAUCUAUGAUGGACAGUGA